CUCUGUGGUUCAUCUGUAGUUCAUGAUUUAAAGUUGAUUUGGUUUAUAUACAUGGCAGUUCAGCUGACGCAUUUGUAUUUUGUGUGGGUUUUUCUAGUAGGCUUGCAGUCGUCAUCAACACAGAAAUCAGGAAAAUUAUGCAACUCACCGCUGGAUAUCAUAAUAGCUUUGGAUGCGUCUGGUAGUGUGCUUAAAGGAAACUGGGAUAAAAGCGUAGAUUUUGCCUCGCAGCUCGGCAAGAAGUUACUUUCCUGGAAUGCAAAAAGUCGCAUAGGAGUCAUUGACUUCAGUGAGAUUGCUAAUGAGGUUAUUGAACCAUCCAGCGACCAAAAGCUUUUGGAAUGGAAGUUAAAUAACCUGAAAAACAAUUAUCAAAACGGAAUCACGAGAACAGAGUUAGCCCUGAAGAAGGCGGCUGAAAUAUUUCAGCGAAUCGACCGAACAUUCGCGAAAAAACUGCUAUUGAUAUUGACUGAUGGUCAAACGACACCACUAAACUACAAGCAAGGAAAAGAACUAAUUCAGGAGCCUAUGGCCAGCCUGAGAACCAUAGGGGUACAUGUGAUUGCUGUAGGUGUUGGCAUGUUGGUUGACAGUGAGGAGUUGAACAUUAUGGCCUCUGAACCGACAAAUGAAAACGUAAUUUAUUUCCAGGAUUAUGAUGUCCUAAAUAUGGUGGAUUCAAUAACUCGGGUCGUUUGUUUAGCAGAAGAGCCCCAGUCCCCCGAGUCUCCAGUGCCGUAUGUUGCUGCCGUCGAACCUGUCAGCUCAACAUGUCCUGCUAAGUACACUAAAGUAGGCUGUUUUAAGGAUGACAUGAAACUCCCACGCCCUCUUCCAAAGUUGCUUUUCACCGACCGCGACUCAGCGACUAAGAAGUUUAGUGGUAAAUCAGUCGACUGGCAGGACUGGAAUUCUUACAUUAACGACCUCGUCUGCCGUUGUGCAAAGGAAGCAAAAGUUCGCAAUUAUGCAUAUUUCAGUAUUCAGUUCUACGGCGAGUGUUGGUCUGGUCCACAGGCGCAAGAGACGUACAACAGGGCUGGUGCCAAAAAUACAUGCAUUACGAGUAAUUUUGAGAAGUGCGAUGUUUCUGAUUCAAAGAUAUGCGUUGGAGAAAAGGAAACCAACUUCGUGUAUGAAGUACAAAGAGCAGAGGCUGAGCCAACAUGUGGAGUAGAAUAUCACAAACUCGGAUGUUUCAAAGACAACAAAAAGGGCCCUCGGCUUUUAAAUAAACUCAUAUUAACUGAUCGCGAUUCCAAGUCUCCUGUUUACAGUAAUAUUAAGAUAGACUGGGGGAAUUGGAACGCGUACUUGCCAAAGUUAGCAUGCAGAUGUGCGGAGAAGGCUGCAGACAACAAGUUCACCCAUUUUGGCUUACAGUUUUACGGAGAAUGUUGGUCAGGUCCAGAGGCCGCUGAAACAUAUAACCAACUUGGUCCUGCUUCAGCAGACAGCUGUUUGACCAGCGACUAUCAGCCAUGCCCUGAGGAUCCAAAAUCUACAGACAUAGAGUGUGUAGGAAAACUCUUCGUAAACUAUGUUUACACCAUAAUAAAGAGUGAAGAUGCACGUUGUUCAGUUCCUUUUAAACCUGUUGGCUGCUUUAAGGAUAAUCAGAAGAAGAAUGCUCGACCACUCGGUGAACUGCUUCUUACAUAUCGCGACCGAAAAAGUGCCAAAAAUAACGGAACUGAAAUUAAUUGGGGAGAAUGGGACGUUUACUUGUAUGAGUUGGUGUGUCUCUGUGCCCAGAAGGCAAAGGAAAAGAAAUACUCCCACUUUGGGUUGCAGCAUUACGGUGAGUGCUGGUCGGGGCCUGAAGCAGGCGAAACAUUCAGCAAGGAUGGACCUUCAGAGGCAGAUAAAUGCAUUGGUCGAGGAUUUAAAACAUGUAACGCCUUGGUUGAUGACAUCUGUGUGGGAAGGGAAAAGACUAACUUUGUCUUCUCUCUUUACUAUAUGUCUAAUAUGAAUGCAUCAUUUUUUCUGGCCUUUUUAUUUACAUAUCUAUCAAUAUCAGGAAAGUCUGACGCUGAUUUCCGUAAAGAAAACCCAGCAAAUUCUUCCUCUCUACCCAUGUCUGUUUCGUGGUCGGAACCUAUGUGGAACCAAUUUAAUGCAUACCAAAAGACUGGUACCGGAAUACCUGCUCCACCAACGACUCACAGCACUCCUCAAACUUUACCAGCACUGCAACUCAGAGGACAAGGAGCACCAGUAGCUGAACCUGUAUCACUGCCUCGACGAUAUUCUGUGUGCCCUAUGCCUACAUGCAGCUUUCCAUCUAUUUGCGUUAAAGUAGCAGUUUAUGCGACUUGUGUUCCUCCUCCUAAUCCAUCAGCAUCCACCAACAAUUCAUAACUAAAACACUUACGGCAACCUCCACGAGUGUGGUGACCACUUGUAGCGCUAGUUGCUUAACUGUGGUACCUACUACCACUCCUUUGCCACCUACACCACCUACACCAAAACCACCAGUUUGCGAACAAGCGCUGGAUAUCGGUGUAAUCAUUGAUGCUUCUGAGAGUGUCAAACUACCUAAUUACAAGCUCUGUCUACAGUUUGUAGCUAACUUGACAGAACACUUUAAAGUGUCACAGAAGGGAACUCAUUUUGGAAGUAUAGUUUACAGCAGUGAUGCUGAACUGCAAUUCAGCUUUAAAGACAUUCAAUAUCACGACGCCGAAAGUCUAAAGAAAAAGAUAAAGAGUUUUCCUUACUUGAGAGAGGGAACAAGAACCGAUAUAGCACUUGAACUUGCGAACACCCUACUGUUUUCUGUGCAAGGAGGAGAUCGGUUUGACAAGCCUGAUGUCCUCAUUGUUAUCACAGAUGGGUUAACGGAUCCUGAAAGGAGUAAACCAUACCCAGUGGUCUUAAAACCUCUUGAGGAUAAGAAGGUUGUGGUGAUUGCAGUUGGAGUUGGAAAGGAAGUAAAUAAACCCGAAUUGACGUCUAUAGCUAUGGGUGAUGUUAAUCACGUUUUUAUGGUCGAUCAAUACACAGAUCUGGUCAAAAUCAUAAAUGCUCUUCUCGACAAAUCGUGCUCUGCUGCGACACAACCGAAAAUGGUACCGUCAAAGGCUGUUGCACUUGUCAAGAAUCAAGAACACUAUGAUGGUGAGUGUCCUGUGCAAUUCAUCAAAAAAGGUUGUUUCAACGCAAUAAAAAGUCAAAAGCCUUUGCCGAGAUUGAUGUUCACAGACCUCGACGCCAGAGACUCUAAAUUCAGUGGUGUUCCAAUAGACUGGGGAAGCUGGAACAGUUAUCUGCAGAACGUGGUUUGCCGAUGUGCUCAGGUUUCAAAAGCAGAAGGAUUCUAUUACUUCGGGGUUAAAAACUUUGGUGAAUGUUGGUCUGGAGAAAAUUUAGACAUAACUUAUAGCAAAGACGAUUCGUCUGAAUUCUGCAUCUCGAAGGAAUUCGCUGAGUGUGAUACGAACGACAGGAAUGUUUGCGGCGGAAACGCGACUACCACAUAUAUUUACAGGAUGCCUAAAGAAAGUGAGGCCAAGCAAGGGAAACGUUGCUUCACAAAGUUCAAGAAUGUCGGCUGUUUUGCUGACAUGCAAACCUCUUCCAGGCCUAUACCAGAGCUUAUUUUUACUGACUUGGAUGAGAGCUCAACCAAAUACAGCGGCCAUAAAGCGCAACUAGGAGAACUCGACACUUACUUGAGUGACCUACUUUGUCGGUGUGCUGAACUUACUCAGGAGCUUGGGUACGAAUACUUUGGAUUGCAAAAUCACGGUGAGUGUUACUCGGGACCAAGUGUUCAGCAUACCUACAGCAAGGAUGGUUCAUCAAAAAAAUGCAUCACAAGAAAUUUCAAACAAUGCCCAGCAGGAAAAAAGUACGAAAAUCGAGACGGCCAGGACUACUGCGUUGGCGCGCAAGGCGCUAAUUAUGUUUAUCGUGUCUAGGUCAGAUAUCUCGGACUACCUAACUGGCAACUUUGAAGAAGACACAGUUAAGUUAUUUCAGUCGACUGAUCCAGAAUUUGACGAAGAUUACGAUCCUCGUGUUGUUCGUUAAGGCGCAAAAUUGAAUUUCUUGAUCUCAUGGAUUUACUAUGGUUACUUCUUUUAAAUCAGAAACCCUUCAUCUCAUUCUAAAAAACGAACAGCUGCUCGUUUCAGUUAUGAUGAAGAGAGUUACUUCUGUAAAUUAUUACCCGACCUGACUAGAAUAAGGUGAAGUAAUGCUACGAUGAGUAUUAUCCAUCAGUACAUAUCUAAGGUUGUUUUAUGAAUUUCAACAGGAAAUCAUGCACACUCAUUGUCAUGAAAAACAUAGGUCAGUGUUGCUGCCUGUGCAGCUAGAGUAACUGAGAUCGAAGGUGUUCAGUUCAGUUACCAAGUGAAUUAGCCGUAAAUAGUAAUGCGAGAAGGGCGCUCGGCGUUUGGCGGCUGGUUAUCAAACUGUCGCCUUCUUUGACGAAAGAGAAAUGCCUCAAGUAAGUCGUCUGAAAUUAAUGAAAUUAUUUAUUCGCCUCCUACCUUCACCGCACACUUGAGCUAAUGCUUCAAUCCAAUAGUUUUUGCUUCUUACAUUUCUGUGUUUGUAUGUCGAAAUUAGUGAUCUUCGUCAAGCUUUUGUUGAGGAUUUAAUAAAUCUUCUGAUUCUCACCUA